UACAAUAUAUAAUACUGAUCAUUCUCCCAAUUUUUAGAAACUGUCAUGUGAAAGAAAAGAGGUGGAUGUAAGAGGACGAAAGAAGCGCGAUAGGAGAAAGACUCAAAUUUCGUUGCGUCCUAGGGGACGGCGUGAAUUCCCACACAUCAACAAGUCUCAGUAGGUCCGCAGACCUCCCCUCUCCAAUGCUAUCCCGGAACCCCACUCCAGAACGCACUUCACCCCACUCUAGACACGGUGAGUGCAUCGGCAUGCGGUCUUCGGAAUCCAAAACGUCAAACAGUUACCCUCUAUACCCCAAGAAGGACGUCGUCAGUAUUGUUGACGAUCAUCCCCUUCUUUAGGACAGUUCGUCAUUUGGAGUUUCACCAUCGGGAUGUACACACGAAGAACUAUGAAGAAAUAUUGUGAAUACUAUUCGUUCUUAUUACUUUGAAAAUAUAGUUUAGUUACAUUUACGUGGAUGUGAUCUUGGAUCGUUAAAAAGACGAAUUGGAAGACGUUUUCAGACGUGGAGUUUUGUGUGGUUUGUUAUAGUGAUUUUUACUGUAGUGCAUAAAUGGUGGAUUAUUAUAAUUACAAAAUGUCAGGCAGCGAGGAGGAACCUGAAUCGCACACGCAACCAGGGAUGACCAAGGCGGAAUUAAGAAGGAGCAAUAAGCCCAUCAUGGAGAAGCGGAGGCGUGCUCGGAUAAAUCAGUGUCUGGAUGAGCUGAAGAGCUUGAUACUCGAGGCGAUGAAAAAAGACCCGACGAGGCAUUCUAAACUCGAGAAGGCCGAUAUCCUCGAGAUGACGGUGAAGCAUUUACAAGCGGUACAGCGUCAGCAAUUGAGCACGGCGGUCGCUACCGAUCCGGUGGUGCUAACGAAAUUCCGUUCCGGAUUUUCUGAAUGUGCUACCGAAGUAUCGCGGUACGUCAGUCACCUCGAGAACGUGGAUCCUGUUGUGAAGCAACGACUGGUAUCACAUUUGAACAAUUGCGUUAGCAAUCUCCAGCAAAUGGCGCCGUUCUACAGCCACUACGUGCCCUACAUGCCGGAACGGCUCUAUCCGGAGGUGAAGGUCGGUUUCCAGAGUGAUUUCCAGAAUGGCGACGAGAAUAAUAAUAGAAGUGCCAGAAUACAGAUACCAAACGGUGUUCAGUUGAUACCUAGCAGACUGCCGACCGGAGAGCUAGCUCUUUUGGUACCACAAUCGGCUGCGUUUUCGGCAAACUUUCCAUUCUUUCCACCAGCACCCGAGUCUGUCCCUAGAAUUGGAGAGUGCUCCGCCUUCACAACUGUUCAUAGGUCACAGAGUCCUCUGUUGAGUCCAUCGACAUCCAUCUCGAGCUAUGGUGAAGAGAGUCAACAAUCUGAACACUAUCCUCAAGCGCACUCUCCUAAUGAGCAACAACGUCGAUUCAAGAUUCCCGAUCAGAGUCCAGCUUCCAAGAGCUUCUCUUCAUCGCCAGAGACUCAAAAGCCACAGAUUAGUUCAACCAGCGAUAGCAAGUCGCCAGUACCAAUUUUUGCGGAACCUAAGUCAAACACGAGUUAUACAAACAAAAAAGAAUUUGCAGAAUCUUCUGAGUCGUUAAGCGACAAUGGACUGGCGACGUACAGUUUAAGACAACCCCUUUCAGUAAUUACAGACAAAACGUAUAAUUGUACCGAUUCUAUGGUGGCAAAGAAAGAGGUAAUCAAGAGACAUAGCUCGGAUUGUCUUUUAGUAAUCUCUGAUAAGAAGGCCAGGUACCAAGAACCUAUCAGCUCUACCAUGAAUUCUUCUAACGGUCCCUUAAAAUCCGGGGAAGAUCAGCCGGUUUCUGUGGAGGAUUUGUCAAGUAGAGGGACUUGCUCGGCUAAUAGAAAUUCUAAUCCUAAUCCUAUCAAAUUUGUAGCGGUGGCUGGUCCUUCUGGCGUCAACGGCGAUAUGUGGAGGCCUUGGUGAUUUAAAUAUAACGUGCCUUCUCAUUUUUUUUUAAAUUUCCCUUCCUUUAAAAAAAUUUGUUUCUUUUUGAACCGAAGUGGAGGAAUUCCUUUUAAACCGAAGUACAUAAAAUUGACAAUAAUUGGCUAUUAUAAAGAAGUAUUACACAAUUGAGAUGUCGCCAGGUUGAGAUCUCAGUUUAAAACGAUUCUCGGCUAAUACAUUAUGAUCAUUUACAUUGAAAAUUGUGCCUUAGAAGAAACAUAAUUGUUUACUUUUCAAACAUUUUAGGAUAUUAUUGAAACUAGUUUUACCAUGAUUAUAUAUAAUAAGGAUCCCGACUGUUUAGUAAUGUAAGUCUUUCUUGAGUAGUUUUAGUAAUUUAAAGAAAUAGUAUUUAAGAAGAGACACGACGACGAUUAAUUAGCUGUAACGUCCACAGGAUAGGAAUAUGCAACUUGUAUCCUCGCUGACAAAGACUUUCAAGCUUUAAUAUACUAUAUAUUGUACGAUAAAUUUUUCACUGUGAAUAGUCAUGUAAAUAAUCGCCGAUCUUAUUUAAUUUGUAUUUUAAUCUAAGAACUUAAAAAGAGUGAUGUGUUUUUUCAGUCGAUGUAAUACUAUCGUUACGAAUUAAGUUAAUUAUUGCCAGUUUUUGUGAUAAAAACAAAGGGGGGAAAAUAGAAAGAAAACAGAAAUGAAACGAAUAUUUUCCGUUGUUCCCCGUAUUCCAUGAUUCACAAGAAGAGUGCGAUAAAAAUCGUCGCAGAGAAACGAAUCUCUGCUUGAUAUAUAAAUUUCAUUAAGUGUAAAGGAGAGUAAAAAGAAAAGAAGAAAGGAAAAAGAAAGAAAAAUCGUCUGAGCUGAUCUUUCUAUCGAUAUGUCCCGUAGUCUCGUAAAAGGCUGAGCAAUUUCCCUUGUUGAAAAAGCCGUCGGGGCCGCUUUAUCCUUUUAAGAAGCGUUAAACGCGCUCCGAUUCAUAAACUGGAACUUAUUCUUUCCUUUUUUGCCGAUAAAGGAGUAAAAAGGCGCGGCGAAUGAGAAUUUCAACCACCUGUUACACCGCAAAACCACCCCCUUUCUCAUCGGCUGAAUGCUUAAACUGAUUUAUCGACAGACACCGUGAAAUUUGUUGAAUGCCCUUAGCGUUUGCUCGACGAACGAGCGCGUCUUCCCUUCUAGUCGCUGAAAUUCUUAAUUUCGAUCGUGAUUUAUGGGACUAAAGAGGGAGUAGAAGGAGAAACACCGUAAUUUUCUCUAGACUCUAGACCUAUCGAUACGUGGGCGAAGCGUCACGUACGCGUAUAGCUCGUCCAUUUUGUAAAAUUAAGUUGGCUGAGAAUUUCUAGAGAUGUAUCGAUUACACGGUUUAUGACGGUGGACUAAAGGUGAAUGUAUUUUGAAAAAAUUUCACGCGAUUUUUUUAUGGCUAGGAGUUCGUUCGCGUUGGUCGAGAUGGCACCACGAUAGUAUUCGGAACAAGAGCUGUACGUUUGUGUCGGUGUUUUUCUAGAAAAUUGCUUGACUAUUAGUUAGACAACUUUCUAAUUUUGCUCGUUGAUAGCGGCCAUGUUAAUUAAAAUUUAUCUUAAUUGAUAAGUGAUCUUACAUUGGUGAUCUUAUAUUUCUCUCUGCUAUUGCCAAUGGAUAGAGUAGCAAGGUCUAGCAGCAAUAACUUUAAAAGUAAAUCUCCGAAGUUAAUACAUGCAUGUAGUAUGAAAUAUUUUAAUAUUGCCUACUAUAACAGUUUUGUUAGAGCGACAUAUUGUAACCAUUGUGACAUGAAUAAUUCUGCUUUUAACGUUUUAUAGUAUUCAAAAUGGACGAAUUGCUUAGAAGAAUAUUUAAAUUUAUUGUAAAUACAAAAUCAUGUUACGUCACCGAAAAUACUUUCUAUAUCGCUUAUUUUUUGUCUGCUCAAAAGCGGAAAAAGAAAUGAAAACGAACGUUACUCUGAAAGUGUAUAUUUCUCCAAUAAAAUAAACUUACGUAUUUUUUUAGUCUUUUCAGAGACGAGUUUGUUAAGGUCUAAAAAAGAUAAUUACUUUUUAAUUUCUGCCUUUAUUUGUUUCGAAAAUAUUUAUAAAUAUUCGACAAGAAAUAUAACAUUGAAAAAAUAUUUUUUGUUAUCUGAGGAAGAUAAUAUGUAUACACGUAGAUAGCUAUUAUAUUUUGCGUCUUUUGGAAUUGUGUUUCAAUUAAACAAAAACGAAAUGUACAUGCAUAAAAUAUUUAUAAUAA